AUGAGUCGGAGCAGCAGUGGCAGCAAGCCAAAGGACCCCAAUGAAAGCAGCAGUAGCAGCAGCAGCAAUGGCGCUGCUGACAGGGAAGGUGGCAGCGUUGGUCAGAGGAGAGACGACAGAUACAGUAGCAACAGCAACGACAACGGCAACAGGGAGCCACGCAAUCAAGGCCCGGCAGCACCUGGGGGUAGCUCGCGGCGUGUGCCACUAGGCUUUGAGGCUUUCUAUCCUAAGGAGGCUUCGAAGAAGGCAGACACAAGCAGCGGGGGGGCUAGCAGCGUAAAUGCCAGCAGUAGCGGCACCAGCAGCGGGCGACUGCCCUUCAUGCCUCCAUCUGGAGGUGCCCUGCAGCAUCUGUUACUAAGAAUCUGUAUUUGGCUUGGCUUCUGGAUCUUUGCACUUUCACUGCUCUCGAGGGUUGCGGAGCCUCAGCUGUCACUACAGGAAUUUUUAAGCUCCUACGUGGCAAGGGGCUUGGUGGAGAAAGUUGUGGUGGUUGGCGAUAGAGGCCGCUGCACUGCGGUAGUUCGGGCGCCACCCACUCCAGAGCAGUUGCAGGAGAUCCAGCAGCAGCAACGGCAGCAGAUGAUGAUGUAUGCUCAGAUGCAGCAGCAGCAGCAGCAGCAGCGGAUGCAGAUGCAGAUGCAACAGCCGCUUCAGCAGCCCCCGUAUCCUCAGCCGCAGCAGCAGGCCUUCCAGUCACAGGCGGUGCUGCAGGAUCAUCAGCAGCUACAACAGCCAAAGUUAAGCGACAUACUGCCAAAGAAACAUAUCGUUCGGUUCCGGACAGGCCUUGCUCCCGAAAGUUUCAUAGAGAAAAUGGAGCAUUUUCAGGCGUCUCUGGGUAUCCACCCGAAGGAUUUCCUGCCCAUCUACGUGGAAGAGGGUUGGAGCCUCAGUCUCGGCGAUCUGAUUGCGUCCACCUUCUUCCUUCUCAUUAUUGCAACGAUAGCGAGGGACCUCCUCAUGGGAGGCGCGAUCAACAGGGGGGGCAGUGCAAGUGGCCUGAAUCGUCUGCUAGGCAGCAGCAGUUCGAAGAGAGCGCGCAUCAAGCCCGACACAGUGAAGGUUCGCUUUUCGGAUGUUGCGGGCCUUCAUGAGGCCAAGCGGGAGAUCAUGGAGUUCGUAGCUUUCCUAAAAAAUCCUACUUCAUUUCAUAAAAUGGGGGCCAAGUUGCCCAAGGGCGCUCUUCUGGUUGGGCCCCCUGGUACGGGCAAGACGCUUCUGGCCAAGGCCGUUGCUGGAGAGGCGGGUGUCCCCUUCUUUUCGAUUAGUGGCUCCGACUUUGUAGAGCUAUUCGUGGGAGUUGGAGCCUCCCGCGUUCGCGAGCUUUUCGACGAAGCAAGAAAAGCAGCGCCUUCUAUCAUUUGGAUCGACGAGAUCGACAGCGUAGGCGCCAGCCGCAGCACUCAGUUUGCAAACAGCGAAAGGGAGCAGACGCUGAAUCAGCUGCUCGUUGAAAUGGAUGGUUUCUCUCCACAGCAGUCGGUUGUUGUUUUGGCAGGAACCAAUCGAGAAGAUUUGCUGGAUGCGGCUUUGAAGCGCGCGGGUCGCUUCGACCGACGUGUAAUGAUCAAUAGGCCUGAUGUCAAGGAGCGAGCCGAGAUCUUCAAGGUCCAUCUUCAGCCCCUCAAGCUGUCUCCCCGCGUUGACGCCGAUGCCCUGGCCGAACGGAUGGCUGCACUCACUCCUGGAAUGGUCGGUGCAGACAUAGCAAACGUUUGUAAUGAGGCAGCCAUCUACGCCGCGAGGAGGCGCAGCAAGCGGGGCAUUGAGCAACGGGAUUUUGAAAUGGCAGUAGAACGGACUCUUGCAGGUCUCCCCUCGAACACGAAGAGUCUGAUGUCCGACAAGCAGAGGAAGACGAUUGCGCUUCAUGAAGCGGGUCAUGCUGUUGCAGGCUGGUUCUUGAAGCAUGCAGGUGCCUGGGGAGGCGCAGGGGCGGUAAGAGUUUUGCGACGUCUCGCCGAUGCGCUUGUGUCUCUCUGUGCCUCAGAUGUUGUGCUGAAGCUGACAAUCAUCCCCCGAGACAGCGGAGCGAUGGGCUUUAGUCAGCAGAUGCCUCCUCCCGUCGAGCUGUAUGAGAAGGAGGCUUUGCUGGACCGCAUUGCGGUCUGUCUUGCAGGCCGAGCCGCGGAGGAGCUUUUCAUGGAAUGCAUCUCCAGUGGGGCGGUUGACGAUAUAGAGAAGGCGACCCACUUGGCGCGUCUGAUCGUCAUGCAGCUGGGCAUGAAUCCUAAAGUUGGUCUGGUGAACUUGAAGCGAAGCAGGCAGAAUCCGCAGGAUCCAUUUCAGCCUUUUUCGGAUGCAACUGCCCAACUUGUGGAUGACGAAGUGCGAAACUUAAUUGCUGAACAAUAUGAACGCGUGAAGCAGUUACUCAAGGAGAGGGAAACGGAAAUGCGCGCUCUCAGUACCGUGUUACUUGAAAAAGAAUCCCUCACUUUCGCCGAUCUCCAGGAUUGCCUUGGUCCAAGGCCAUUCCCUCCAGAUCCACAGCUCGCUGCAUACGUGAAUGCCCUUCCCACAAGGGCCUUGCUCGCGCCGUCAGAGGGCGACAACUCGACCGGAGACAAUUCUCAAGAAGUCGAUGCCACUCAGAAUUCAGCCGCUGACGCGAGUUCGGACGCCUCAGCAGCACAGGAGGACGAAGAACGCGAAGAGGACAGCCCUCAGAAGGAUGCAAGUGACUCCGAUGAUGAUAAAGAUGAUGACGACGACAACUCUCAGGGCCCCCCCAGAGGAGGCCCCAAGAGGAAAAAGCUCUUUGGUAGAGGCGAUGAUGACUCCUGCGUGCCCGAGCUCCUCAGGAAGAAUCUUCAACCCAAGACGCCUGCUCCAUCUGCUGUUGCACGAGGAGCAGAUCUUGGCAGCACACCCUAG